AUGGUGUAGGAAUUCUGUUUUCCGCGAGGAAGAUUCAGAAUCUAAAGGCGAGAACAAAAAAUUGAAGAGUACCUGGUUCGAAGUUGCAGUAGAAGGUCGUGGAGAGCUGAACUGGUUCCACGUCGUAAUUCUUCUUCUGCUCGUGUAGACUGCGCCAGUUGUUAUAUCCUCACUUGUAUCCGCGAAGAUAUGUAGUCAGCCGAAUGUAGAGUAAUAAAUAUAGAUAGAUUUAUUACAGAAACAAUAAUAGCAAUAUAUAGCGUAACACACACAUUCACUGAAUAAUAUAAUCCUCCUUGGCCAUGGGACAAAACGUAAUGCCAAAGGUCUUGUAGUUUUCGUCACGGGACCGAACAAUUUCGAAGCUGAUUCUAUCCGCAAACUUGGGAUUUUUCAUCGAAAAACAAAGAUUUUUCUGAUUUAUGUGCUAAAGUAAUAUAAAAUGUCUUCGAAAAGGUGUAUCCUAGAGGGAAAAAGGUGCUAUUUAUAAUUUAAAAUACAUUAUUCACUCAAAAGCAUCUUUUAAAACAGAUUUAUCUCAGUAAAAUUAUCCAUUUUCAAUGUUAUCUUAUCCAUCUUCAGGUAUAAUCCAGUGUUCGUGGAGCGCCUCCAAACGCGGGUAAAGAAGUUGGAGGAGGAGAAUCAGGCGCUCAAGUCCGAAACCGUCCGUCUAAAAGAUUCGGCGGCCGCGCUAGACGAACGAACAGAGGAGAGGAUAAGGGAUUAUCUCAACCAACUAGAGCGAGCCAAUUGCAAGAUAAAUCGGAUCCAAAAACAGCUCAAAGAGAAGAAUUUGGAAUGCGCGGAGCAGGAUCAGAAGAUUCAACAGCUCUUGAAGGAGACCUCGACGAGGAAGAGGAACGAAAAACGGUUGGAUAAUGAGAACAAUGACCUCAGGGAAGAGCUGACUGAGGCCAUUCGAACUCACGAAGAACUGAAAUUGGAGGUCGAACAGCUCAGUGAGAGAUAUGUGGAAGUAGCUGGAUUGCUGACAGAGACGAAGGAUGAGUUGAGCAUCUUGAAAAGCAAACAAACGUAAGUUAUAUUGUAGUAGGGGUAGUAUAAUAUAAAGUGGUAAAAAAGAUAUUUUUGCGGAAAGUGAUGACACAAAAGGAAGUCUGGCUGAUUAUGUAGACUUGAUAGUUAGGAUUUUUGCCUACGUUCGCUUUUUGAGUGACAUUUUAUACGACAAAAACGAAUUUCAUUCUUCAGCGUAUAAAAUGUCACCUUCCUCAAAACUCCCUAAUAUAUAAUAUAAAUUUCAGUGGAAGUUGGGGCUCGCUUUACGACUCCCUCGCCAGUGAACUGGAGGCCUCGGAUUCCGGCUUCUACACGACGCCGAUGGUCUCAGCGCGAUCUGACUGCCAAACUUCCACAUCCGAUUACUUCCCUCAACUAACGCUACAACAAGAAUUCGAGCGUCUCGAACCCAUUGCCGAGCAGCCAUGUUGCUCCACAAUGACUUUGGCCGACGAAUUGGCCAUAGAAAGUAAGAACCUGUCGGGCGAAUCUUCGGACGAAUGCGGAUAUUACGAUAUGCCCUCGAAGGCCGUGAUGUACGCAAUGCGAAGGUCGUUGAGUGCGGAAAAGCGGCGAAGGAAGUCCCCAACGCAUACGCCGUUUUCAACCCCAGAGAACUCGAUAGACGAGGAGGAUAAGCGAAUCGUCAGGCCGAAUAGUCUACAGCUGGUUUCGCAUCCCAAUUUCGGAUAUUUGGAGACGGUCGUGGAACAAACCCCGAUAACAGACGACCUGCAGGAGGUUCAAAUUGAAGUUCCGGAGGUUAAAAGCUAUCGGAAUCAGUCUUGUUCGCCCAUUCAUUUCGAGAGAAUCGACUCCUCUCCGCCGAAGGAUCCAAAUCCCCCGGACGAGCCCACGCCCCGCCCACCGACCUGCUUCCCAUACUCGGGCGCCACGAGUUAUAUGCCAAAUUCGGAGACCUCAAAUCAACCCUCGGACUCGAGCAUCAUCUCAGAUGAUGAGGAAGAGGAUACCAAAGAGAAUCGAAACAGAAUUGCGCACAGAAAAAUCCAAAAAGUUCAGUCCGCCACGGAGGUCACGAAACAAAUCAAAGACCCCGAAGAAGACGAUGAUCUAACCCCAAGGACUUUGGAACUCCUAAACAACUAUAAUGGCCCAAGAUUGGGCGAACCGGGCCGACCCGGCACCAAAGAUCUCGAGUUCAGUUUGAAGAAAAUGGAGGUCCGAAGAAAGGUGAGAAACACGCCUAACCCGUCGCUUUGUGUUGUAAGUGUUGCCGCUUUUCGUAUUCGUCGCUGUGGUGCUAGUUUCGGCAGUCCUAGGCUUGUUUGGUGGUUGUAGAAGCUGUUUGUGGUAGACCUGGGUCUAGUGUAAUAUAAUAAAUUUGUAAUAAACGACUUUUUCAAAAAGGUAGUAUCUCAAAAAAGCUUGCUUUCCCAUUUUUCUGACCUGUUUCCCUCAAUCGACCACGAAAUUUUGAAAAGUAUGGCAAGAAGAGACAAAAAUUAUUAUUUUGUCUUCUCUUGCCAUACUUUUCGAAAAAUUCCCACUGCUUGCUCGCUCAGUGACGCUUGUUUAGCCCCCCGACUACAAAAUACUGUGAAGUCGGAAUGAACUCUUUGUGACUUUAGACAACAAGUUCUGUAGUCUUGAAUUAUCGUAUGGCGUAAUGCUUUUAUUCCCCGUGGAAGCUUUGUAAUCUCGCACCAGGCCCGCUUAGCACAAUACUAACAGUUGAAGAGAGCUUACUGAAAUUGUAAAAUACGGCUUGAAUAUUUUUUCCGUCAAAUAAGUGCAUUUUAUCGAAAUUUAGACAUACAGUGGGGGACCUGAUCCAGUGGCAAAAAAACGUAUCAUUUUGAAUCCAGGAAGUAUCAAAAAUGUGGCAAAAUACCUCCCUCUCCAAGUGAAAAAACUCCGAUUUCAAUAGCGCGCCCGCUCUUUUUGUGAGGGGCGUGCCCUUCAAAACGAAGUUUUUUCACUUGGAGAGGGAAGCAUUUUGCCACAUUUUUUGAUACUUCCCGGAUGCAAAAUGGUACGUUUUUUGCCACUGGAUCGGGUCCUUCACUGCAGUCUUCCCAGAAGUUUUUGGAAAAACAAACUACUAUUUCGAGUAAAACACGAAACUUUGCGGUCGAAAACACCCUCAGGGCCAGAAAAUAAAAAAAGUUACUCCCCCGAAACUGCUAGCCAAGCCUAGUCUACGUCCAAUGUCGCCUCAGAAAACCGGUUUUCUCUCUUCUCCAUGGCUCUAUGUUUUUAGCCGUCGGAUGGCCGGAACGUGUGGCCCCGGCGUUCCCGCACCAGCUCGGCGCCCUGUUGUGUGGACAUCGACCUGUUCCGCGACUUCAUGCUCCCCGAGCACGCCCACAAACUCGGGCUGAACCAGUUCUCGCGCCGGCCCCAAAGGUAUCGUCGAGUUUCAUUCCUCCUACUCUCACUAAUCCGCGCCACCAGGACCCUGCACUUGCUCGACAUUGCCGCUGCACACUAAUUCCCCCCACCGUCAGCAGUGUUGUUCCGCUAGAUGGAAUCAUUGCCCCCACUAGUUGGAGCACUGUAACACUGUUUAUUGGAGAUCACUAACUGCUUAGCACCCAAUAUCACAUAUUUUCGGGGGUUUUGGAUGGAAUGAUUUUCAUUCCGAAUCUCGACUACUGCUAUCGAAAAUUUUACUUCUACUACUUUACAACCCCCCUAAACUACAAUACAAUGAGACUAACAGGUCAAAAAAUUAACAUUUCCCCCAGCAUUGAGCUUCUCCCUUUGCCCUAUGUUCAGUGUAAUAUAAUAUCCUACAAAUUACAGUACCUCGUGCUGUAGUUUGCCUUAGAAAUCACUUCAAAUGUCCAGUAGACCACUGUUCAGAUAGUUUGCAGUCCAAAUUUGCGUGCAAUUGCCGUUUUGUGUGACGGUAUCUCUGUUACAGUAUCCCUAUGUACAAUGUUUUUUCUGAUGUGUCCCGAUGUUAUAUCUAUGUGCAGCACAUGUCCUGUUGGCCUCCCUUACCCUUUUUAUUGUCUGAAUUUUCGACAUAAAAGCAGUGAUAUUGUCGGUUUUCAGAUCGAGGACGAAUACGAGCGCUUUCGGCAACGUCGAGGUCUGGGACCCUCGAAAGCACUGUUCUGUACCAUUCGGCAUGUGGAGAAGGUAAGAACGGGCAUGAUUAAUUUUUACUGUUAUAUUAAAACCAAAACUGAAAAACAGUUUUGUCAGUAUUGAUCUUAUACAGUGACGGACCUGAUCCGGUGGCAAAAACGUAUCAUUUUGCAUCCGGGAGGUAUCAAAAAAUGUAGCAAAAUGCCUCCCUCUCCAAGUGAAAAAACUCCGUUUUGAAGGGCCCUCACAAAAAGAGCGGGCGCGCCUUUGAAAUCAGUUUUUUCACUUGGAGAGGUAGGCAUUUUGCUACAUUUUUUGAUACUUCCCGAACGCAAAAUGUUACGUUUUUGCCACUGGAUCAGGUCCGCCACUGUAUAUCAUAAACUAAACUCAUUUUCCCCAAAUUUCAGUCAAAACUCUACGGCCCUGCUGCUGAGCCUGGUGCCCUGGCAAAUCCUGUUAGUCGUGUGGAACUGGUGGGCCAACCGCACCCUCCCCACCACUCCAGCCCCACCCGCACGCACCUGUCAAGAGGACUGGAUCCAACAGGUCUACUGGUGGGUGACGCUGCCUUAAGCCGUCCCCGUCCGAUCUCCAAAAGUCAUUCGUUCGGCCUGCUCAGUCUGAUGCCGGCACCCUCAAUUCCGCGCGUGGGACUUGACGGAGCAGUCUUGAAUGGGCCAAAAGACGGGAUCGCUGUGAAGUCCGCGACCAAAGAGUUCAAUUUUGGCGACAGAACGCGACGAAGAACUGUUAGUCCUGACGCGCCAACACCAACGGCAAAACCGCUGACCCUCGACUCGUUGGAUUCGUUAUGCUUAUCGCCAAAAAUUCGAACGAAAAAGAAUUCGCCAAGAGAACGACCCACCAGUUGGAUUGGCUCGGAUUCGAACUGGCUACCCAAUGCAAAUUGGCUUUCAUCCCUGUUUUCAAGCUCAACCCAGCAAAGUCUACCUCCAAAACCCACUCUUGACCAACCAUCGCAGCAAACAACAAGUCUUGGAAUAGCUGGAAAUCUCGGAAGAAACGGAUUUUCGACCAAAAUUCCCUCCAAUUUCGGAUUCGGCAACUCGAAUAUCUCGGUCCUGGACCGCAGCGCUCUCCUCCGAAAUCGCCCACGUUAA